UGCCGCCAUCAGUGAAAGACAAAGACAGAGUUUAUUGAAGGACAGUGAGAAGAUGAGUGAUCCAGAACCCUGCAGAAUUAAACAGGAAGAGACUGAAGAACUCAUAGAUGUGAUUGUGAAGGAGGAGAGUGAAGAACUGAGUGAAGAUGAGGAGAAACAUCAUGUCAAAAGUGAAACUGAAACUCAAUCAGAGACUGAACACAGUAUUUUAAAUGGUUUCACCUGCACUCAGUGUGGAAAGAGUUUCAGCCGGAAAUUCAUUCUCAAGCAUCACAUGAUGAUCCACAGUGGAGAGAAACCGUUCCCUUGCACUCAGUGUGGGAAGAGAUUCACACGAUCAGUAUACCUUAAUCAACACAUGCUGACUCACACUGGAGAGAGACCGCACAGAUGUGAUCAGUGCGGCAAAACCUUUCUGUGGAUUUCAAAUCUGAAGAUCCAUCUUAGAGUUCAUAAAAACGACAAGCCUUACUCAUGCUCUGAGUGUGGAAAGAGUUUCACACUGCAGUCAACUUUAUCACAACAUCAGAAGAUCCACUCUGGUGUUAAAGAGCAUGUGUGCUCUGAGUGUGGGAAGACUUACAGUAGAGCGACAGACUUGAAGAAACACCUGACGAUCCACACCGGAGAGAAACCGUACGCAUGUUCACACUGCGACAGGAGGUUCAGUCAGUUAAAACGACUGAGAGCACAUGUGAGGAGUCACACUGGAGAGAAACCAUUCACAUGUGAUCAAUGUGGGAGGAGUUUCACUCAAUCAUCAUACCUUCAUCAACACUUGAAGAUCCACACUGGAGAGAAACCGCACCAAUGUGAUCAGUGCAGCAAGACAUUUCUGUGGUCUUCAGGGCUGAAGAAACACCUCAGAGUUCAUACAAAGGAGAGGCCUUAUUCAUGCUCGGAGUGUGGAAAGAGAUUCACGCAGACGUCAAGUUUAUCAGACCAUAAGAAGAUCCACGCUGGUGUGAGGGCGUUUGUGUGCGUUAAGUGUAAGAAGACUUUUAUUAGAGCGGCGGGCUUGAAAAUACACCAGAGGACUCACACUGGAGAGAAACCCUGCAUAUGUUCUUUGUGUGGGAGGAGUUUCAAGAAAUCGGCACACCUUAAUCGACACAUGAUAGCCCACAGGAGGGAAAACACACAGAUGUGAUCAAUGCAGCAAAACAGUUUUCAUUCAUACAUAGAUGAAGCCGUAUUCUUGUUCGUUAAAGGGAACUUAGGGAGCUUUCACAUCUGUAGUUCGCUUCAUUUGAUCUGGAUCAAGGGCACCAAAUGAUACACGGUAGGAUUUUCUGCUGUCUUUGGGUCGUUUUCACACCAAACUGUUUGCUUUGGUCCGAACCAGUUGAAAAGAAUCAAAAUGCAGUCAUGUGACAAAAUCCACAUCUCUCAUUGGCCAGAUGUUGUUGAACGUAGUUCCAAAACUGCUUAUCAAUUGGUCAGAAUUAAUGUGCGGGAAAAUGUCAAUGGAGCUCCCGCAAGUAAACAAACCACCAGACACAAAAUGGCACUUUUGACUGUGGAGAUCCGACUGCGCUGGCUGAUUGUAUUCCUGCUCAUAGUAUACUAUAUAGUUUGUAUACAUCACUUUAGACAAACUAUAAAUUUCGAGAAUGAAGUGCGGUUG